AUGGUCGCCACUCUGUUGCUAUUCACUACUUAUUGCGCCUUCAUCUUGACAAUCACCACACGAAGCUCGCAAGGCAGAUUGUUUAGAGACGAGGACCGGUACAUGAGCCUGGUGUAUGUCCAACUCAGCGAAAUCUUCUACAUUCUGACGACCACCCUUCUCAAAAUCUCCCUGGGCCUCUUCUUUCUCCGCGUUCUCACCAUGCGUUGGCAAAAGCUCAUCUUCCACGUCAUCCUCGGCGUCAGCACUGUCUACGGCCUUUUCUACGUCUUCAUCACCAUAUUUGUCUGUGGCAAUCCUGCAAAACUGGCAGACGGUCUUGUCGGCUCAAGAAAAUGUCUACCUAGCACCUUUACUCUGACCGCUGGCUACCUCUAUGGCAUUGUCAACAUCAUCGCAGACUGGACAUUUGUGCUGAUUCCUAUCGCUGUCCUCGUAGACAGCAAGAUUGACCGCCGAUCCAAGAUCAGCGUCAGUGUUGUUAUGGGUCUCGGCGCCAUUGGGAGCGUGUCAAGUAUCCUCCGCAUGGUUUACCUCAAAGGCCUUAUCUUUUCCCACGGCGGGGGUGGUGGUCUCAGCGCCAACGCGGUCAAAGCCACGAUCUGGGCAACUGCUGAACCCGGAACGGGUAUCAUUGCAGCCUCGAUCGCCAUCCUCCGGCCUCUGUUCCGCAAGAUUGCUUCAGACACACAAGAACGUGUUUCCUUAUACAAAAGCCGGAAAGCGUCCCUGCCAGACUCGUCCAUCAAAGCUACCGUCACCGAAUCCUGGAAGACAAAAGACUCAGACGGCGACAGCGUGAUUGGACUGACGGCCGUUGAGUCGAACAAGACGUACGUCAAUGGUAAUGGGACAGGCAACGUGGAGACAGCUGGGAACGACAAGUGGGACAGGGAUAGCACGUAUGGCGGGGGAAAGUACGACGAUCCGUGGAGUCCAACAGUCACGAUGGGGAAAGCGAGCGUGCAAAGGGUGAUUAGUGUGCAGAUGGUCGACGGGAGGGGAAGUCCUGCACCGCAGCCGACGGGAAGGCGGUACAUCUAG